UCCUCUCACGAUGCAAACGAACUUAUCGUGAAGCUUAAUUCUGAUCUUGCUCAAGUUCAAACGUGGCUCAUCAAGAAUAAACUUCAACUGCAUCCGUCUAAAUCAAAACUCUUGUUAAUUGGGUCCUCCGGUCCUACAAUCUGAACAAUAAGAUAAGUGAGCAACCUGUUGUGGUAAAUGAUGCGCUAUGAUCAACCUAUAUCGAGAACUAGUGCACAUAAGUGCCUAGGUGUUCACAUAGAUGAAAAAGCUUGGCUAGGACUGUCAUGUUGAUACCAUCUGUAAAAAGGUUAGGGCGGGUACAUGAGCCAUGGGGCGCAUCAAAAAUUUUGUUCUCGUAGCUACUCUGGAAACAAUUUAUAAGGGCUUAGUUCAGCCAUAUUUUGAGUAUUGUACUCCUUUGUGGGACACCUGCGGCAGAUUUCGGUCACGUGCUGCUAGAGUUCGCACAGGUGCCAGUUAUGAUACUAGCUCCGCAGACUUAAUUGAUUCUCUUUCUUGGCAAACACUUGAUAAUCGACGGUGCUGUGCAAAGUCAAUUUUAAUGAAUAAAAUAUUAAAUGAUCACACCACCCCCGGCCUAAGCUGA